GCCUUGUUUACCCGCGGUGCAUGUUGGGGCGGUCUCCUUGGGCAACGAGGGCCCGCCAGCUGCCCCGUGGCGAUGCCGCGAGGGCGCGGUGGCGGUGGUGGUGGCCUGCGUCAGGCCCCCGCCACAUCUGCGCCCUUGGCGAGAUCCAGCUACUACGAGAGGGUGGGCCAGCUCCAGCAGGCUCUGCGGGACAGUGAAAAGAAGAGAUUGGACCUGGAAGACAAGCUUUAUGAAUACAAUAAAUCUGAUAAGUGCAGAGCUAAGCUGAAAUGUGCAAAACUAAAGAAAUACUUAAAGGAAGUAUGUGAGUCUGAGAGGAGGGCUCAGGUUCGAAACCAAGGGUAUUUAAAGAAGUUUGAGUGUGUCCAGACGUAUGUGGAACACUUGACCACAAAUACAGAGAAGCUUCAAAAACUGAAGACUGAAUAUGAGGCUGAAGUGAAGAGGAUGCGCCUCCUGUCAAAGGAUAGCCUGGGAACGAGUGACGAAGACCGAGCAAAGGAUGCAGUGCAGGCAGGAAUUAACUUGGGGACAGCUAUGUCAAGAGGAUUGUAUCAACCAGCAGCAAUCUUUAUGGGCCGCCAAAUGUCAGCCAUUUCAAGCAUUGAAGAUUUCAGUACAGAGCAGAAAUCUAACCAACCCACAAAGAACUUUUCAAUCUCUGACCCACAUUCACACCAACAGACAGCCCAGAGCAGCUGUGUGACAGACAGCUGUGUAGUGCAGACUAAUGGUGACACACAGUGCUUAAAUAAGUCUGACAAAAUACAUGGAAAGACAUCUCUUCAGACUGGUGAGAAGACGCCAGUCACAAGCUAUGUAUUGUCUGUGGAAGAACAAACUCAUUGCUUGGAGAUAGGAAGCAGCACACGGCACAGCAAGAGUAAUUUAUCUGAAGGCAGAAAGUCUGCUGAACUCCAUUCCUCGUUACAGGAAAGAUUAAGUCCAGAGAACAGCAUCACUGAUUUAAAGUGUGACAGUUCCAGCAGAUCAGAGGGAUCAGACAGAGAAAUACUGACACAAGAACAUAUUGAAGUCGGGGAAGAAAGAGCCGGCCCGCUGGUCCCCGUGAUAGCAGUUUCAGAACACUGUACAUCUGCAAAGAAGUGGACUGAAGAGAAGCAUUCUGCUUGGGAAGCUUCCUCGGAUGAUCUUGACCAUGGGGACCCAAAGUCACAGAAGGCCUCCCUAAAACUUCAGGAAGAGCAGGAGGAGGAAAGCUCAUGCAGCAGCAGCGACCUCACAGUUUCUGUAAGUGAAGAUGAUCUGAUUUUAGAGAGUCUGGAGGCACUGUCAAAUCCACGAGCCAAGAUGGCGGAUAAAGAUGGAAUGCAGGCCUCAGGAGCGGUCCACACUGAACCAAGACAAGAUUUGCUCUUCACUGAAUAUGUUUUGCAGACCCAAAGCUUUCCUGAUUCAAAAAGGGAACCCUUCCCAGAUUCACCAAGACAAGCUGAAAAAGUACCAGAUUGUCACUUAUUCAAGACACGAGGGCAGUGUAUGAAGGAACAUGAUAAUUCUCUUAAAGAGGAGGCAACAACAUUAUUGAAAAAAGUCCUUACAGAAGAAUGUGACCAUAGGUCAGCUAUUCACAGUAAUGAAUCAUCUUGCAGCAUGCCAUCUAUUCUGAAUGACAAUAAUGGAAUAAAGGAAGCAAAACCCGCUCUGCGGCUCAACAGUGUUCUUACAAGGGAACAAGAAGUUUCAAGUGGCUGUGGAGAUGAGAGCAAGGAAGAUGGCAUAGCUGCGGCCCCAGUCACAGGGCACAGAGAGGCGGAUCUAGUGCCCUCAGAACUGUUUCAGUUCAGCUUGGGAGCAGCCAUGAAAGAAACAAAAGCCUACCAGUUACUGAAGAAGUCUACCCUUAAGGACAGUUCAAAUCAAGCAGAAGAGAGAUUUGAAAGUCAGUUUUCAAGUCUGGAUAUUGGUGGCAGCAUGUUCACAACAAAGACAGCCCACAAAAUCGCCUCGGAAGCUAGUUUUUCAUCUAGUGAAGGAAGUCUUUUGUCAAGGCACGAAAGCAAAAGGGACCCAGUGACCACCAUAAAGUCAAAUGCCUUCUGGGGGGAGUCUGAUGACAGUAACUCUGAAAUUGAAGCUGCUCUACGUCCUAGAGACCAUGACAUGCCUGAUGAUUUUGAUGAUUUUUAUGACACAUGAGCUGUUGCAUGCUUAGAAAUAAAGUCUUUAAAACAAA